AUGAUAAUACUUGUAUUCCUGUUAAUUGAAAAAGCAUGGAGCACUACUGUUACUGGCUCACCAGGAUUUCGGCUUACUCAAAAACUACAAACAACAAGAAGAGAUUUAUCUAUUUGGAAUAGAGCACACUUUGGUGACAUUAACCAGAAGGUAGACAAACUGCAAAAAGAACUCAAUACUCUCCAGGAGCAACCUUUCACUGCUGAGACUCAUGAUAAAAUCUUCUACAUCAAUAAAGAACUAGAAGGUCAUCACAGAAUGAAGAGUGAAUUCUAUCAGCAAAAAUCCAGGGAUCAUUUCAUUAAAGACAUGGAUACCAACAUCAAAUACUUCCAUAUCAAAGCAAACAGAAAGAAGGCAAGGAACAACAUAGAUUCUAUCAGAGAUCACAACAACAACUGGUUACAUUCCAUAGAAGAAAUUUCUUUGCAUCUUACCGAUUAUUUCAAGUCCAUCAGCACCACCACCAAUCCUGUUCUGGAGGAGAGAUUAUUCUUAGUUAUUCCUACAUUGAUUACUGAUGAACAUAAUGCUCUUUUAACAAGAAUUCCUUCCACUCAAGAUAUCCAUAGUACUCUCAAAUCUAUGGAAAAUUGGAGUGCACCAGGACCAGAAGGUUUUCAGGAUGGAUUUUAUAAGAGCCAAUAG